AUGGGGAAAGGCACGGACAAGCUCUACAUCACCCACUCCGAGUGGAACUCCUCUGACGCAUACUCCGCAAGCUCCGGAUCCAACGUAUCCCAGAAAGCCCCGAAUGGUUCCUCCUUCAAACGUCUCCCCUUCAAUUUUUGCGCCGCCAGCCUCCAGCCCUUCCAGAAUCCUGUCUGCACACCCGAAGGCACGAUCUUCGAUGUCGAGGUUAUUAGCCAAUGGCUCGCAAACCAUGGCACGAAUCCAGUUACAGGAAAACCUUUAAAAGACAAGGAGCUAAUCAAGUUGAACUUUGCGCGCAACUCAGAUGAUGGUGGUGUUACUGAUGCGAAGGGAGAUAUGGUUGAUCCGGUGACGUUCAAGGUGUUUACGGAUAAUACGCAUAUUGUGGCGAUUCGACAUGGGAGUGAGGCGAAUGUGUUUGCGUUUGAGACAGUGGAGAGGCUGAAUAUCAAGGCUAAGAAUUGGCAUGAUUUGAUGAAUGAGCGCGAAUUUGGGAGAUCGGAUAUCAUCACAUUGCAGGAUCCGCAGAAUGUUGAAAGUAGGGACUUGAGCAAGUUCCAAUUUCUGAAAGAUGGAGAGGCUGUUCUUACCAAGGAACAGCAAAAGGAGCGGCAGGAGGGUAGUGUGAAUAUUGGCGCUUUAGGGAGGGUUGGAGAGAAGGUCUUAAGGGCAAAAGAAGCCGUCGAAAAGGCUAGGAGGGAAAGAGAAGCCGGCAGUGAUGUUAAUCGGUCAAAGGCAGUGGCGAGAACUGGAAUUGGCAAUAUUGCGCCUAAGCCCUCGAUGUUACAGGAGAAGAAGAUGGCGUACAAUGCGGCACAAUACACGACGGGAAAGGCUGCGGCUAGUUUUACGAGUACUGGGCUUACUCCCGAGACGAGUGGCGAGAGGGCAUUACUCACCGAUGAGGAGUAUAUGCUUCGACCAAAGAGAGUCAAGAUUAAAGGGUAUGCAAGGAUUGAAACAAAUCUCGGGUCCUUGAAUAUCGAACUACAAACAGAGACUGCACCAAGAGCCGUCUGGAACUUUGUUCAGUUGGCGAAAAAAGGCUACUACAACGGUGUCAAGUUUCACCGAAAUAUACGCAACUUCAUGAUCCAAGGUGGGGAUCCGACCGGAACAGGGAAGGGAGGUUCCAGCAUCUGGGGCAAGAACUUCAGCGACGAAUUUGAUGGCCCUCUGACACACGAUGCGAGAGGAAUUAUGAGCAUGGCAAACAAGGGAAAGAACACGAAUUCAAGUCAAUUUUUCAUCAUCUACCGACCAUCAAAGCAUCUUGAUCGAAAACACACCAUUUUUGCCCGGGUUGUUGGUGGCCUGGACGUUUUGCAGAGGCUGGAGAAUGCACCGGUUUCGUCGUCAGAUAACAGGCCCCUCGAUGAUAUUGUCAUGGAGAACGUGGUUGUAUUCGUUGACCCUUUCGAGGAAUUCCAGAAGCAGAAGCGAGAGAAGGAUGCCGUCGAAGAAGAGAAAGCAGAAAUUAAGAGGCAGGGUGGAACAGAGGAUGAUAAAACAACCUGGACUGGCAAGCGGAUUAGAGGCGAUGGCACAGUCGUUCAGUCUGAGCAGUCAGGAGGCGUGGGCAAGUAUUUGAAGGCAGCCACGGAUGUUGGCAGUGGUAGAGGUGCUGUCAAAGAUGAUCUUGAGCCAGAGCCCCCAAAGAAGAAGGUCAAGGUGGGAGGGUUUGGUAACUUUGAUGGCUGGUGA